AUGCAGGAACUACAAGAGCGUUCACCGUCAGAUUUUCUCGGAGAAGCUAUUGGGAGGAGAGUUCUCGUUAAGUUGAACUCGGGCGUUGAAUACCGAGGCAUACUAUCGUGUCUCGAUGGGUAUAUGAACAUUGCGCUUGAGCAGACGGAAGAAUGGGUCAAUGGACAACUUAAGAAUAAGUACGGAGAUGCUUUUAUUCGUGGAAAUAAUGAAGUUGAGAUACAAAAAGGAGAUGCUAUUACUAUUACAGCAAUGAAAGAACGUCUUGAAAGCACCCUCUUCUGGUGA